UGUAAUUAUCUGAGUAGACAUGAAACGUGCGAGGUUAUGAAGAAACUUGACUAAUUUUGGACCAUUAGUGGACAAAUCAGAGCUUUGGCAUGGAGGUAAAAACAGCGCUUCUCACAGCUGGAGUCUCCGCAUGCUCUUUUAGACUCCUGAAUACAUUAGUGAAACAUCUGCCGGUCCCAGAACCCGCGCGCAGGAAAGUGUGGAUUUGGCGGAACACAUUCACGUCUCUGGUUCAUAGCUCUUUAACGGGGACAUGGGCUGUGUUAUGUUUUUACCAGAAUCCUCGAAUGGCAGAGGACCUGAUCUCCUCUCAUUCCUUGUUCUCCCAUGCUCUGAUAUCUGUGUCUACAGGUUACUUUGUCUAUGACCUACUGGACAUGGCCCUCAACCAGAGACUGAGUCGAUCUUGGGAAAUGCUCCUCCAUCACUAUAUGGUGAUCUCUUGCUUCUCUCUGCCCCUGCUGACCCGUCUCUAUGUGGGCUUCGCUGUGGUUUCUCUGCUGGUGGAGGUCAACUCUGUGUUUCUGCACACACGCCAGCUCCUGCGCCUGGCCAGACCCAGGGACGCCGCGGGCUCUCCGCCUGUCGCUUACCGGGUCACCGUCCUGCUGAACCUUGGCACGUUCGCUGUGUUCCGAGUGUGCACGCUGGGAUGGAUGACCCGCUGGUUCUCCAGGCAGAGGGGCGGCCUGCCCGGGUUCACCCUGAUGCUGGGCAGCCUGGGUCUGGGACUCAGCACCAUCCUGAACACCCUGUUGCUCUAUCGCCUGCUGCGCUCAGACCUGCUUUCCAACACACGCAAAGCUGACCGUGACCAGUAG